UCGAAUUGUCGGUGAGCCGCGCGCGAACGGCGUGGCCGAGAUAUAUGUUCAUUCCAGUGUUCGUUCAAUUAACGAUACGUACUGUGAACGUGUCGCAAGUCGCAAUACGGAAGAUGUGAUUGUAUCGUCUUUCACGCGUGAUAACGCAACACUACGCAGGUUGCUUCGGGAGCGCGAGGUCGACGCGCACAUAUACAAACACACGUAUAUAUAUAUAUAUAUAUUCGACGAGAGACAUAGCAGUAUUUAAGUUGACGUUCGUAGUGCGUGUGAUUCCGAUUUCGUUCUUGUAAACAUGGUGUUUGGAUUCAUCAUGAAAUAAUUGUUUUUUUUCCCUUCACGAGAUCGAUCAGCGUGCGAGGAACGGACGCGAAUCACCGAACCGAGGUCCGAGAACAGUGGUGUAUCAUGUGAUUCUUACAUCGUGAAUAUCACGAAAAAGUAUGGGCACAUCUCCGUUAUACGGGAAACACUGUAUGAUUUAGUAAUAAAGUUGGAGUAUCUUGGUACUUUACCAUGGAACAAUCGGACACAGUGCAGAUGCAAAUUCUUCAAGUCGAAGAGAUACCAACAGAUAUCAAUGUGCAAACAAUUCAAAUCGCUAAUGAAGAUGUGAAAGCUGCUACCUCUACAGAAGGUAGCCAAGAUUCGCCAAAGGCCUGCAGCCCAUCGUUAGAACCUACAUUAGUAGCAGGUGAUACAAAUAUCAAUGUAGAAGUCGUAACAGAGGAUUACUUGGACGCAAGCCAUAUUGAUGUAUCUGUUAAAGAUAUUAACAGCGAUGCCGGGUAUAAUAAUCAGGUAGAAUCUGAAUUGAACCAGCCUGAAACAAAAGGUUAUACAUUAGAACAGGAACAGAUCAAAAUCUAUGAACAUAUAAAGGAUGAAACAAUAGAUUCGAAUCAUAAAUUGCAAUCUUUGCGCACUGAGGAAGAUCAAAGUCAAAUUGUGAUAACUGAAUCUAAAAUAGAAGUAAAGCAGGAAACAACAGAUAUUUUAGAAAGUGUCUGUAAUGUAGUAGAAGAUGCAAAUCAAUCCGAUAGUAUAGAUAAGCAAUGUUUAACAUUAGAUGAAUCUAGAUUUAAUGAACAUGCUGGGGGCCAGGUUCAUGAUGCGCAUGAAUUAGUUAAAGAAACAAUCAGAGAAAUACAUGAUAAUGACAGUAACCAAAAUAGCUCAAUAGUAACAGAUGCUGAACUGACUAAAUUAGUACAAGAGGAAGCAGAGGUAGUUGUAGUAGUAGAAACUAUAGAACCAACAACAACAGAUGCAACAGCAGACAAUUUUAUUGUCACUCUAGAUGAAAAGGAUGUUGAUAAAGAGUGCAACCAAGAAAAUGUAGUUACUUUACAGGAAAAAGAAAUUAAAAAAUCCAGGCAUGGAGACAACGAGAUUGAUCUAAUUGAUUACAGCCAAGAAAGCGACGAUACUAUAAUAGAAGUAACGGAAGUUAUAGAUGCUCCAGUUACGGAACAGGAUGAGCAGCAGAAUAACAAGGCCAAAGUGGAGAAUAAUGAAUAUCAUAUAGAAUCUGUAAAAUUAACUGAUGAAAAAAUUGCAAUUUGCAAAGAUAUAAAUGACGAAAAUAUUCAAUCAAAAGCAGCUGACGGAGAAACUCUAAUCAGUUCUAGUAAUAAAGAAGAUGAUAUCACUAUUAUCAUAGAUGAGAAAAUCAUAAUCACGGAAGAUGUUGAUUCAGAACUUACAACAGAUCAGCCACAAAUUGAAAAUGCCCAUGAAGAUAUUGCAGAUACUACCGAGCAUAAACAAAAUGACACAUCUGCUCACGAAAUACCGGUGGAGUCGUCGAUGAAGAAGAGAAGCGUUAUUCAAGAUAUUUUUGACGAUUGGGGUGUCGAGAAUACAGACGAAGAUGCGCAAUCGACUUCGAAAGUGCAUGAUACUGUAGAGAUCGAAUUGAAAAGUCUAUUGGAUGAAGCAAAAUCAGAUCAAGUUGUUACAAAUGAAUCUGUUCAAGAUAAGACUCCAUCCUCAAAUAAAGAAACCACAGAUGAGAUACAUAAUGUCGUAGAUACAAGCGAGAAGAGUAUCAAGCAUUCGACUGAACAAACGGAAAAUCAAAAGAAAAAUAAAGCGGUCGAUCAAGAUGCAGAGUCAUUAAAUAGGAGUGAGAAGAAUUCUCCGGCAUUAGCGGCGGAUAAAUCUUCGCGAAGUGUAGAGACGCGUGCCUUUAAUAAAACGCCGCAAUCGCAUAUCGCCACGUCGCUUCCUAAGAACCGNCGGCAUUUAACCAGUCAGAUAGCAUCGCCAGCGGAAGUGACGGAGGUAUUGAAGGAGCGUCUUCGCGAGAAGCAAAAGACGGUUGUAGACUCACCGCGUGGUCCGGACAUAUUCUUUGUGAAGAAAUUAACGCAAAGAUUGUCCAAUAAAUUGGCGGGUAGCUCGGUGAAUCCGGUACCAGGGCUUAUACCUCUGCCGCAGCAAGCCACUCCUUCCUCUCCUCCUUCUGCAUCUUUACAAUCGACGGUAGAUAACUGUGAUAAGAAGAUAGCGAAUGAGACAACGGAAACGAGUAAGGAGAGUAAUUCCGACAACAAGGAACUAUUGGCAAUCUUGGAAGGCGAUGUUGAUCCCGAUUGGUCCAUCUUGAAACCUCCGACUCUUACGGAGGAAGGCAAAACUCCACCAAACGUAGGAUCGCAAUCAGAUCAUAGUGGGCCGCCGAAACUCGAUCCAUUAGUCGAACGGGAAUUGGCGCUGAAGCAACUUCUUGAGUUGCCCGUAACGUCACCUAAGAAGAUUUCACCUCGGAAGAAGAAAACUUUCCGAGCGGCACCUGGUAAAGUGUCUAAAGACGUGGAAAUCCCACUCGCCAUACAGGAGGAGAAGGAACUUGCCGGUAUGGAUUCGGCAAGCGAGAAUGCGCAACCAAAUACCAAAUCUGUCGAGAUAAACCUAUGUUCUCCGCAAAAGAGCGAUCAAAAAGAUCACGGAAUUGAAAAAGUAGUCACACGAGAAGAAUCGAGAUCGGGUAGGAAGCGCAAACCUACUGAAAAAGCGAGAGAACACGAGCAGAACACGAUAAAACGGCAGAAGGUGUAUAGGGGUAAACUAUCAUUGAGUAAGAAACAAACGCAGGAAAAUAUCUCUGAUGAGAACACGACGAUCGAGAAUCAUGUCGUGGCGAGCGACGCGCUGACGGAUGCUGUAAAUAAUGAGAAAACUGUUGCGAAAGAAGUAGCAAAUAAACCGGUCGAGGAUAAAAUAGAUCCGAUUUCGAAUAAAAUCGAAGGUUCUCGUCCGAAACCGAAUCUUGCUAAGAAAGGCUCGCAACCUAUCGCCAAGAGAAAGAUAGUGGUCAAAAGAUUGCUGCGUCAGAAGAUGCCGGCUAGUGAAAAAUCCGUUCGGUUGAAAGGUAAAUUGACUCCUUCACCAAAGAAAUCUCCCCCGAAGACUGUUUCAAAGUCGCAGAAGCGAACGGCCGAAAGUGCUUCUAGCGACGCGAAACCCAAGAAGAAGAUUAUAAACGAGAUAGAUAGAUUACUGCAAGACGAGGGCGUCGUCAAUUUACUGUACGAUGUAGAACAACCGGACAAGAAGCGUCUGGUACCUAUCACGAAGUCGCGUGCGAAGGUAAUGGACCUGCAAAAGGUACAGCGCGAACUCAAAAUCAGAAAGAAAUUAGUUCGCAAUGCCGUAUUGCGAUUACGCACAUCGACGAUCGCCGGUGUCACGAAAGUAUCACCGAGAUCGAAAAGAACGGCGAUUCAUCCAAUUGAUGUUCAAAUGGACAGAAAGGUAGGAGAGCUAAUCGCGUCACCGAAAACCUCUGCCUCGCCUACGGAGUUCAUACUUCCGGCAAAGAUUAGAAACGCGGCCGACGCGUCCAUCAUUAUCAGGAGGCACUCGUCCAGUUCGUUCUCGAGCGCGUCCGGAAGUCCCAGAGUUAGCGUCGACGCGCCAGAGAAACCAGCGGAAACCGCCAAGACGGACGACGGAGCAGUUCACUCCUUGAGAUCCGCCAAGAAGAGACGAGAUUCGCAAGACGAGAAAAUUAUUAACGCAAAGAAAAGCAAGAAGAAAACAGUACAAAAGUCUGACCCAGAUUCUGUUGCAGCUACUACUGGUACCAUCAGUACUGCUACUACAAUUACCACGACUACUAAUGCUAAUGCUAUUCAUAAUGUGGACGAGAAGAUCACUGUCGCUGCGCGUCCCAGUAAGAAGUCGGAAAUCAAAAAGAUCGACAAGACUGGUAAACAACAGGAAAAUGUCCACACGUUUGAAGAUAAUGUUUCGAGUAAAGUUACGACUAGGUCGUCGAAUGGCGCAGUAACGGGGAAAGUAACGGCGAAGAGCAGGCGUGCCGCGAAAAGCAAAGUGACUUUUGUCGGCAGGGCAAAUGAUCCGGAUAAUGCUGAAAACUCUUCUAAAGAGGAGGACGAAUUAUCCGCUUGUCUUGCUGAAGCGGCCACCGCUCUUUCGAUCGUCAAUGCCGGCGGUCGAUCUGGAAAUGUUACGUCUACACGAAAAAGCAAAGUGAAUGCAAGUAAAACGGACUUGGAUAGUAACAAAACGAAAGUCGAAACGCAAGGUCAAUUCAGCAAUAACGAAAUAAAUGUGCGCCGGCAUGGUAAUCUCGUACAAUUAAUACUUACGCCAUCCUCAUCGACAAAAAUCAGAAAUGCUCUUACAUUGCAGGUGAUGCAAGAAUUCAGAGAGGCUCUGUCAAUAUUAAAAAGAGACGACGAAUGCAGGGUAGUACUGUUCACUUCUACAGGUACAAGUUUCUGCGAAGGUCUCGAUCUUUCAGCAUUAUUGCAUACGAAUAAGGAGGAACGACGGUCUGUCGCUCAGGAGUUGGCACACGCUGUCAAGGAGUUCAUCAAAAGUUUGGCGACUUUUAAUAAACCUAUAGUGGCUGGUGUACAAGGCGCUGCGAUUGGACUCGGAGUGACGAUGUUGCCUCUCUUCGAUCUUGUAAUUGCUAGCGAUAAGGCGACAUUUUGUACCCCUUAUGGAAAAUUAGGACAAAUCGCUGAAGGAGCUGCGGUCUUUACCCUUUCACACAUACUGGGCAGUGCAAUUACGAGCGAACUUCUUUUGGGUGGAAGGACCUUAACGGCGAGCGAAGCGUUAAGAGCUGGUCUCGUUACUCGAGUUUUAUGGCCUGAUCGGUUUCAAGUAGAAUUAUUACCGUCAUUGCGAGCUAUGAGUGAUCAAUCGUCACAGUCUAUGGAAGCAACAAAGGCUCUAUUACGUCACAGUCUACGGAAAAAGUUAGAUGCUGCGCUUGAAUCAGAAUCAUAUUUAUUGAUUCAGCAUUGGUGCUCCAUGGAGUGCCAGACUGCUAUAAAAGCUUACAUUGAAGGAAAAAUACAAUAAAUCAUGUGUGCAAGUACUAUCAAUCGUGAGUCUGCGAUAUGUGUUAGAGAAUGGAACUGAUUGAUAUCUGUGUGGAUAAUGAUACAAAAAUUGUACUUCUGAUACGACAUUCUACGUCAAUGCACGAUAUUCUUUAGAUUUAAGAUAUAAAUACUGAAUCACACAAAAAGAUCGACUAUUUUACUAUUAGAAAAAAUCAUUUAGAUAUAAAUUUAUUAUAUAUAAAUAUAUGUGUGUAUGUAUAAACAUAUAUAAACAU